GUUCUCAUCCCUCAAAUAAAACAAACACAGACUUUGUCUGUCUCUCUCCCCUCUUUUGAUAAUAGUCAGCCAACCAAAAGCCCCUUCUCUACUUCAUUUCUCUACAUAUACAACUAUAUACACACACAGACAAAACUCAAACACACAACCUCACAUCUCUCUCUCUCACACAUAGACUGACCGGACUCCGGCCGGCAAGGCCGGCGGAGCCGGCGACGGGGCACGACGGCGGCAAGGCAGAGCCGCUUUGGCGGCGGUGGAGGUGGUUAUUCCGGUGGUUCUUUCCGGCGACCACACCCACACCGGUAAACCCCCCCCUCUCCUUUCUCCUCCGAUCUACACCCCCCCCCAUCCUCCUUUCUGAUUCGAAAACGGACCACCACCACUGUCUGGUGGUGGUGUGCGGCGGCUAUCAAGCAGAGAGAGAGAGAAACCGAGAGAGAGAAAGAGACUGAAAGAGGGAGAGAGAGCGCCGGAGAUAGGAGCGGCGGCGGCGGUGGAUCGAGCGACGGCAGCGGCAAUGGUGAUCGGCGAUUGCAUCUCGGACCGGUGGUCCUUGUUUUUAACCGGCGGUCCCUGGCUCGAUUCAGGUGGUCCAGGCUCGAGUUCAAGUGACUCGGUUCAGAAUGAUUCAAGUAUGGUUCGGGUUAGCUCCGGGCCGGCCGAUGGUGUGGUGGUUCGGUGGAGACACAGAUGCCGACAUUGAAAAUGAGUAUGUUCAGAUUAAGUCAACAGGUCAACAACUCGGUCAACCGCAGUCAACAGUAGCUUCGGCUCGGGUCCGACACGGUCAGAUUCGGUUUUGGUAUGGUUCGGAUCAACUCGGUCAAACCGAGUUGACUCGGUCAACUCGGGUCAACUCAGCGAGUGAACUCAGCCGGUCAACCCGGUUGACUCGGAAAGUCAGCUGGUCAACUCACAACGAAAACAGCGCGAAAGUGUUGGAAUAUUGUAGGAUGCACGCUAGCGAGUCUCAUCUUGGAAGCGACAUCACAAAGUCGCAUUUAGCUAGCUUUGCACAGGAAUAUUCAGGUUGCAUUUCUAAGACAAAGCACGGUUGGAAUAGGAGGACCAUGAAGAGUCGAGUACUUAGUGGGCGUUCAGUUUUUAGAAAGACUUAG